UUUUGCUGACCACUUUUUGGGUGUUUCUCAACCUUGCAACUAUCUCAAUCCUGCAAGCUCCUCUCUUACAAAAACAGCAAUCAUGUGUGACGAUGAUGUUGCCGCUUUGGUCGUAGACAAUGGAUCUGGUAUGUGCAAAGCUGGAUUUGCAGGAGAUGAUGCUCCCAGAGCUGUCUUCCCCUCUAUUGUGGGCCGACCCCGUCAUCAGGGAGUGAUGGUUGGUAUGGGACAGAAGGACUCAUACGUAGGAGACGAGGCUCAGAGCAAGAGAGGUAUCCUCACUCUGAAGUACCCUAUUGAGCACGGAAUUGUCACCAACUGGGACGACAUGGAGAAGAUCUGGCAUCAUACCUUCUACAAUGAGCUGCGUGUAGCCCCCGAGGAGCACCCCGUCCUGCUCACAGAGGCCCCCCUCAACCCCAAGGCUAACCGUGAGAAGAUGACCCAAAUCAUGUUCGAGACUUUCAACACCCCCGCAAUGUACGUCGCCAUCCAGGCUGUGCUCUCUCUGUACGCCUCUGGACGUACCACUGGUAUCGUGUUCGACUCUGGUGAUGGUGUCUCCCACACUGUGCCCAUCUACGAGGGAUACGCUCUUCCCCACGCCAUCCUCCGUUUGGACUUGGCUGGACGUGAUCUGACUGAUUAUCUCAUGAAGAUCCUGACCGAGCGUGGCUACUCUUUCACCACCACUGCCGAGCGUGAGAUCGUCCGUGACAUCAAGGAGAAGCUCUGCUACGUUGCCCUUGAUUUCGAACAGGAGAUGGGAACUGCUGCCUCCAGCUCAUCGGUCGAGAAGAGCUACGAGCUCCCUGAUGGUCAAGUUAUCACCAUUGGAAACGAGCGAUUCCGAUGCCCUGAGGCUCUCUUCCAACCCAGCUUCCUCGGAAUGGAGUCUGCCGGUAUCCACGAGACUUGCUACAACUCGAUCAUGAAGUGCGAUGUUGACAUCCGUAAGGACCUGUACGCUAACACCGUCCUCUCAGGAGGUUCCACCAUGUACCCCGGAGUUGCUGACCGUAUGCAGAAGGAGAUCACCGCCUUGGCACCACCCACAAUGAAGAUCAAGAUCAUCGCACCACCAGAGAGGAAAUACUCCGUAUGGAUUGGAGGUUCCAUCCUUGCCUCUCUCUCAACCUUCCAACAGAUGUGGAUCUCAAAGCAAGAAUAUGAUGAAUCUGGCCCAUCCAUUGUCCAUCGCAAGUGCUUCUAAAUACAUAGCUCAAUUGAUAACUAUUGUUAAUGUAUUUUAGUUGGUUUUUCUUUUUUUUUUGGAGCAGAUCAGUUUAAAAAGUGCGAGAACUUCAAUCGUUAUUUUCAACUCUCCAUUGAUCAUUCGAUUUUGUAUGAUUGUUUGUUAGUUAUGUUUUGCUUAGGAUUUUUUGCUAGCAAUUAGUAGAAAAAUUGAAACUGUUUAAUAACUUGAAUAUGAAUUACUCCUGUUA